GGCACUCGCCCCGGAGGCCGCUCUUGCUGGUCCUUGGGGUCGCGUCCUGAAGAAAGAGGUGGUGGCCCCCUGAGGACGUGGGAGGGGUGCAUGACCCCGAAGGGACUCUUCCCUGGAGCCCCACGCAGCCCAUUCAUGAAUGAGGACGCUGUACCGUUUGGGCUCGGGGCUCCAGCGUCCCCUGGCGGCUCUGGGCCUGUGCUGACCACAGUGGGGGCAGCCUUUGGGAGGGGGGAAGACAGUUCUUCAGUCCUUUCUGCUGGAGUCCUUCUGGAGCAGCACAGAGGAGUCCAUACUCCCAGUGGGCAGACACCCCCCUUCUGUCCCUGGAAUCCAGCUCUAUGGCACCAGAGUGAAGUCGAGGGCAGGGAAUAGAGUUGUGGGGGGCCACUAGGUAUAAUCUGAGAGGGAGUGGCCAGUUGGAGCCAGCAGGGGACUCCCUGUCUGGUUGAAGUCCUCAUCCAGGAAUAUCUGCCCUCCAACCCUGCCGGACAUCUGCUCCGGGACCCCCGCCCCCGCCCCUGCCCUCCGGAUCCUGGGAACACUAAUGUGGACUCCCCCGACUUGAAGCAGGUGUGCACACCUGUCAUCUUUGGCCCUGCAGACGCAGGGUGGGAGACGAGGGGUCUCCAGCUAGGGUGCUCAGCUGGGAGGGGCCAGCCCAGGUGGGGGUUGGGGGAGUUGGAAGGAUGUGACCAGUUCUCAACCUCCACAGGUCGCCUAACUGGUGGCCACAGCCCCGCCCCUCUCCAGACAUCUUGGAGCCGGGGGAGGUGUGAAUGGCCUCCUUUGUGCCUCUGAAUUGAAGGCAAUUAGGUGCUACUUAUCUGGGGGUGGGGGGAGGACUUAAGCCAUCUACGCCUACCAGCCUCAAGAGCUCACUCCUCCUGAGCUUAUAAACGCCGCCCAGCUCUGCUGAACCUGCUGGGGACCGUGUGUCUAACCCCCGUCAUCUCUCCUGGGAACGUUGCGGCCGGCCCCACAGCCAUGUCGCCCUCCGCUGCCCUACCCAGGGGCCCCAAGCCAUCCAGGUUUGGCUCCGUGGACUGGCUUUCCCAGAGCAGCCGUGUGGGGCUGUCACACACCUGCAGGCCUGCUGAAGUCUCUUGGAGAAGCGCCUCUGCUCCAGCGAGGGUAUCCAGCAGCAGGGAGUUCCCUCAGACUGGGGGCAUGGAGGAGAAGCCCUCAGAAGUGUCUUCACGGGGGACGCCCACGGCUGGCUGGAGCCGGGAGGCAGACGCCCUGCGGGCUCCCCGCGUGCGCACGGCCUUCUCCGCCGAGCAGGUCAGCACCCUGGAGAGCGCCUUCCAGCGCCGCCGCUACCUGGGCCCCGCGGAGCGCCGGAGGCUGGCCCGGGACAUGCGGCUCUCGGAGGUCCAGAUAAAAACCUGGUUUCAGAAUCGCCGCAUGAAACACAAGCGCCAGCUGCAGGACUCCCGGCUGAGCGGCCCCUUCCCGGGAGCGCUCUGCCCGCCGGUGCCGCUCUGCGCAGCCCCCUCUGCACUCGGCAGUGGCUUGCAGCUUCUGUGCCCUUGGGCAUCCCCACUGGGGCCUCCCGCUCUGACACGGUUCCCUGCCUCCAUGUGGGACCCCCGCCAAGCGGAUCAAGCCUCCCUGGCCUUGGCGUGGGCCCCGGGUCGCAGGCUGCCUCCAGCGUUCUGCCUCCCGGACCCUGGGGGCCAGGCGCACACACUGGGUCCAGCCCUGUCCAGGGGACCCUGGGACCUGUGUGCCCUGCCCCAGACCAGGGAUGCCUUUUGAGGAAGUGUGAUAAGCCAGAGGCCUGGGCUGGAGCAGGAGCUGUCCCACCCAGAGCUGGUGCCUGCAGAGCGGCGCCCGGCAGCUCACUGGAGAGCCAUUUGCAGUCUGUUCCGUCACAGUGACGGCGGGUGUGAGCUGGGUGCCCAUCCACGGGCUGCACCUGGAACCCUGACCCACCGUAAGGUUCCGGAGGGCUACAGUUGAAGACAUUCACUGAAUACUGCUCCAGGCUUAGUUUAAGAAUGAAAUGAUGGUCCGUGAACAAAAUCAAAAGCCAGAAGUGGACUUGAUGAGUGUCGGGCUUCUAGUGCAUGAUCAAAGGGUAAUUUAUUCAUUAUAAAGUGUUGGAAAAAGUAAAGAUUCAGGGGUCCCUGGCUGGGUGGAGCAUGCAACUCUUGAUCUCGGGGCUGUGAGUUCAAGCCCUGUGUUGGGCAUAGAGCUUAAAAAUAAAAUUAAAUUAAAAAAAUUAAGAGGGAGACUUUUUUGUGUUGUGUGCUUACAAGCUUUGAGUGGAAACCAUGAGGGAUCAGAGGAAGUGAAGUGUUUGUUUUUAUCACUUUGGGGUUUGAGUUCCAUGUUAACAGUGACCCCAAAGCUGGAACCAGGGAAGAAUGCAGAAUGCCUGUCUGCCCACUGCCCCAGCGGAAGUCAGUGGGGUUGAAAACCUCUGCUGUGUCUUCAGAGCCCGUGCAAGCUGGCCACAACGCUGGGUGCCUCUCGUGGCCCUUCUGCUUUUUCUUUUGGCCAGAAAAACGUGGGGAGCUGGCAUCCAAACCAGUGUAUGACCUGGCUCGAGGGCUCGGCCUCUCACCAGGCCCUCUGGCUGGGCUGGCCUGGGCUCCUGGGUGCCUGCCAGGAAGAAGGCUGCCACGGGACACAGAGCUGCUCUGCCCAGCUCCAGCAGCAGGAGUGUGGGCCUCCGAACAGACCUGUCCAGGGGCAGCAAAUCCACAGGCCCGUUAGAGGCCACAGCCUCAGCCCGCUUGUGGGGACGGCUGCUACACCAUCACUUGGGGUCUCUGGCCGUCCCGUCAGGCCCUUUCCUGAGGGUUUCUUGGGGAAUCAGGGUUUUCUUAAACAUACACUGUUGAGCUUUUUUUUUUUUUUUUUAAAGAUUAUUUAUUUAUUUAUUUGACAGACAGAUCACAAGCAGGCAGAG